AUGUCGGACGCUACUGUUGGCCAGACGAAGCAGUUCGGAAAGGGUCAGCGGACUGUGCCGCACCCAGCCCAGAAGGCUCAGAAGUGGUACCCCGUGGAUGAUGAGUCGCAGCCCAAGAAGGUUCGCAAGACUCUGCGCCCCGCUAAGGUCCGCGAGAGCCUCCAGCCCGGUACCGUCCUGAUUCUCCUCGCUGGCCGCUUCCGUGGCAAGCGUGUCAUCCUCCUCAAGCACCUCGAGCAGGGUGUUCUCCUCGUUACCGGCCCCUUCAAGAUCAACGGUGUCCCCAUCCGCCGUGUUAACGCCCGCUACGUUAUCGCCACCUCCAAGCGCGUUGACGUUUCCUCCGUUGACCAGAAGACCCUCGAGAAGAUCUCCGCCUCCGACUACUUCACCAAGGAGAAGAAGGCUGAGAAGAAGACCGAGGAGGCUUUCUUCAAACAGGGCGAGAAGCCCGAGAAGAAGAAGGUUGCCAGCGCCCGUGCUACCGACCAGAAGGCCGUUGACCAGUCCAUCCUCGGCAGCAUCAAGAAGGAGGACUUCCUCGGCAGCUACCUUGCCACCACCUUCAGCCUGCGCAACGGUGACAAGCCCCACGAGAUGAAGUGGUAA